AUGCUUAGAAUUUAUUUCAUACAAUGGAAUUGGUAUUUUACACGGCAACAAUAUCAAUUAUUCAUCAUUAUCAUAUUAUUUUAUAUUAAUUUAAUUCAAUCCAAAACGAUACGAUUACGUAUUAAUGAAGAGAUACAAUUGAAUACACAUAUAGGUAAUUUAUUAAAAUAUAUACAACAACAAGGUGGAUUAAAUAAUUUAUAUUUUAUUAAAAUUAAUAAUACAAAUGAUGCAUCGAAAUUAUUUCAUGUUGAUCCUAUUACAGGUGAUAUUAUUGUUAAGCAUAGAUUAGAUAGAGAAUUAUUAUGUAAUAAUAUUAAUAAUCAAUAUAAUCAAUUAAAGAAAUAUGGUAAAAUGAUUAAAGAAUGGUUACCAAAUUUUACUUAUUCUACAAUAUGUGAAUUAUAUUUUAGUGUGAAUUGUUUAAAUACCACAUUAUAUUCAAAUCGUCAUAGAAACAGAUUACCUAUAAGUAAUAAAUUAAUAACUAUAUUUGAUGUUAUUAUUGAAUUGAAAGAUAUCAAUGAUAAUGGUUGUCAAUUUAUUCCAUCCAAUCAACAAAUCAUUAAAAUCCGUGAAGAUUCAUUAAUUAAUGAUACACGUUUUACAUUGAAUAUACCAUAUGAUCCAGAUGAUAUGAUCAGUGGGAAUUCUGUGAAACUAGAUCGUAUUUGGAUCAAUAAUGAUUCGAAUAUAAUAAAUAAUAAUCAAAAUAUAUUAAAUUACUUUAAAUUACAUAGUCUUACAUUAUCGAAUAAUAUUACAAUAUCUAAUAUAUAUUUAGAAUUAGAAUUAAUUCAAAAGUUAGAUUAUGAAAAACAACGAAGUUAUUCAUUUCAAAUUGUAGCCGAUGAUGGUAUUUCAUCAAAUGAUCAUCAAUGUUAUCUUAAUGUAACUAUACUUGUAGAAGAUUGUAAUGAUCAUAUGCCAAUAUUUGAACAAUCUAUGUAUAUUGUAAAUGUAAGUGAAGAUACACCUAUAGGUCAUUUUAUUACACAGAUUAAAGCCAAUGAUGAAGAUACUGAUGAAAAUGGAAAGAUAAUUUAUAGUUUUGCAUCAUAUUCAGAUGAUAGUGAUGAUAAUAAUUAUUUCUAUAUUCAUUCAGAAACCGGUGAAAUAAAACUACAAAGACGAUUAAAUUAUCGUUUAAAAUCUAGUCAUUCUUUAAAAGUAUUAGCUAAAAAUCCGGAAAACACUACAUCAGGACAAAUAAAAUCAUUUCAUACCUCUAAAUUAUCAACUACUCAGGUUAUAGUAAAUGUUAUUGAUGUAAAUGAUCACUUUCCUCGUAUUCGUAUUAUAUCACCUACUGGUUCUAAAACCUUAGAAUUAAUUGAAGAAACACCACCUGGACAAGAUAUUGGUAUUGUAGAUGUGUUCGAUGGAGAUACUGGAAAAAAUGCAAAAGUGAACUGUAAAUUAACUAAUCAAAGUAUUCCAAAUGUUUUACGCUUAAUUUCAGUUGAUAGUGAAAUAAUGGGUAAAGAAAUGUCAAAUUCUAACCAAAAGUAUAAAUUAACGCUGCAAAAACUUAUUGAUAGAGAAGAAUUCCCAAUCAUUGAGUUUAAUGUAGUUUGUUGGGAUGGUGGAACGCCAUCUUUAUCAAGUAAUCUGACAUACAAAAUCAAAGUAUUCGAUAUAAAUGAUCAUGAUCCAGUCUGUGAUCAAGAUAAUUACACAGUUGAUGUCAUGGAAGAUUCAAGUCCGGAAAGAAUAAAAAAUAACUUUGAAUUUCUCACCAUUCAUGCUACUGAUAAAGAUGAGGGUCGUAAUGCGAAACUUCAUUUUAGUUUAGAUCAAGAAACUCCAACGUAUAUAAUGAAUCUAAUCUCGGUCAAUGCAACUACUGGGACACUUAGUACUAUGGGAAAUUUAGAUCGCGAGAAGUUGACUACAUUCGAUGUGACAUUAAUUUGUUCAGAUCAUGGUGAACCAAAACGAAUGACUAAGGUGAAGAUACAUGUUAAUGUACUGGAUUACAAUGACAACUCACCUACAUACUCUCAACCAUAUUUUGAAUUUACUAUAACAGAAAAUAAUCAUGUAGGUCAGCUAGUUGGUAAUUUUCAAAUUACUGAUGACGACUUUGAUAAAAAUGCAGAAUUAAUUGUUCAAAUUGAAGAGAACACUGAACAGGCACAUGUUUAUCUUGCAUAUUUCGGUAAUAGUUUAGGAAUACAUUCUGAUAUUGAACAAUUGAAACUACAUUCAAAAGAUCUACUGAUUUCUUCCAAUUUACAAGAAACAAGACAUGUUGAAUACAUUCCACAUUUUAAAUUACACUCACAAAAGUUGCCCAGAAAAAUAUUUCUUAUUCUAACAGUGAAUCAACACAUUACGAUGUCAAAUUGUAUAUAG